UCCCUCAGUCCCCUCAGACCCUCAGUCCCUCAGACCCUCAGUCCCUCAGAUCCUCAGUCCCUCAGUCCCUCAGAUCCUCAGUCCCUCAGUCCCUCAGAUCCUCAGUCCCUCAGUCCCUCAGUCCCUCAGACCUCAGUCCCUCAGACCCUCAGUCCCUCAGACCCUCAGUCCCUCAGUCCCUCAGUCCCCUCAGACCCUCAGACCCUCAGUCCCUCAGACCCUCAGUCCCUCAGACCCUCAGACCCUCAGUCCCUCAGACCCUCAGUCCCUCAGACCCUCAGACCCUCAGUCCCUCAGACCCUCAGACCCUCAGUCCCUCAGACCCUCAGUCCCUCAGACCCUCAGACCCUCAGUCCCUCAGACCCUCAGUCCCUCAGACCCUCAGUCCCUCAGACCCUCAGUCCCUCAGACCCUCAGACCCUCAGUCCCUCAGACCCUCAGACCCUCAGUCCCUCAGUCCCUCAGUCCCUCAGACCCCUCAGACCCUCAGACCCUCCGUCUCACCGCAGAGGAGCACCAAGUAAUCCCAUAG